AUGGCGACCAACCACGAGGACGCAGCCGCUGAGCUGCACGCAACUCUGGAGCAACGAACCGGCUCGAUUGGCAAUCGCGGCAGUGUCGAUAUGGCUGGAGCGAAGCUGGACAUCAAGGAGAAGGAUGACGUCGAUGUCGAUGCUCGAGAUCUGGACCCGAGCGAGGAGGGCAUGGAGCCGAAUGAGCACGAGAAGAAGACCUUGCGCCGCAUUGGCGACAAGUUCCCCAAGUCGGCCUACUUGAUCGCGGUGGUGGAAUUGUGCGAGCGCUUCACCUAUUACGGCUGCCAAGGUCUCUUCCAGAACUACAUCAACAACCGUCCAGGCGGCGAGGACGGGGCCCGCGGUCUGGGACUCGGCCACCAAGGCGCCACCGGCCUGAACGUCUUCUUCCAAUUCUUCUGCUACGUCACGCCCAUCCUCGGUGCCAUCAUCUCCGACCAGUAUCUCGGAAAGUACAAGACCAUCCUCAUCUUCGCCGCUGUUUACUGGGUCGGCCUCAUCAUUCUCUGGACCACGGCUUUGCCAACGAGCAUUGAGCAUGGUGCUGCACUUGGUGGUUAUGUCACCGCCAUCGUUAUCAUUGGGUUUGGUACUGGUGGUAUCAAGUCGAAUAUUGCGCCUCUCAUUGCCGAUCAGUACACUCGCCGCAAGAUGGCGGUUACUACGGACCCCAAGACCAACGAGCGUGUCAUCAUUGAUCCCGCCAUCACGUACCAACGAAUUUACAUGAUGUUCUACGCCUGUAUCAACGUCGGCUGCCUUUCGCUCCUGGCCACCCCUUUCAUGGAGAAAUACGAAGGCUUUUGGACCGCAUACCUGCUGGGUUUCUGCGUCUUCUGCAUCGGAGUAGUCGUGCUCAUCCUCUGCCGCAACCGCUACAUCGUUCGCCCUCCACAGGGCUCCAUCAUCACAGACGCCUUCAAAGCUAUCGGGCUGAUGAUUGUCAACCGCAAACUCGACGCAGCUAAGCCAUCGUGGCGUGCUGCCAAUGGCAAGACCAAGCCAGUUGCAUGGAACGAUCACUUCGUCGACGAGUUGAAGCGUGCCCUGCGUGCUUGCAAGGUCUUCGCCUUCUAUCCGAUCUUCUGGGUUUGCUACGGGCAGUUCAGCUCCAACUUCAUCGCACAGGCGGGUCAGAUGGAAGGCCAUGGCAUGCCGAAUGACUUGAUGCAGAACUUCGAUCCCAUCUCCAUCAUUGUCUUCAUCCCCAUCUUGGACAAGCUGGUAUACCCGGCGCUGCGCAAGUGGAAGAUCGAACUUCGCCCAAUCGCUCGUAUCACGAUCGGCUUCGUUCUGGCUUCUCUUUGCCUGGCAUACGCCGCUAUUGUGCAGCAUCUUAUCUACUCUGCUGGACCUUGCUACAAGCAGCCUGGAAAGUGCCCAGCCGGUAUGGAUGGGGAAUCUCCAUUGCCGAACCACGUCCACAUCGUCGUCCAGACACCCGCGUACGUCUUUAUCGGUGUUUCUGAGAUCUUUAUCUCUGUUACAGGUCUGGAAUAUGCGUACACAAAGUCCCCGCCGUCCAUGAAGUCGUUCGUCCAGUCCCUGUACCUGUUGACGAACGCCCUUGGCUCGGCUUUGAACGAGGCUUUGGUCCCAGCUACUGGAGAUCCAGAUAUUCUCUGGAUGUACACCGGUAUCUCCGUCGCCGCUUUCUCCACUGCCAUCAUCUUCUGGUUCACAUUCCACCACUACGACCAACAGGAACAAGAGAUGAACGAGCUCGACGCAGAGGAGGCUUAUGGUGGCAUGACUCACGGGCAGGGCAAGACGAAAGACAUUGAUGGUGACUAUGAGUCUCAGCGGGCUGCUUCGACUACAGGGCGCGAGCAGAAGUCCUGA